CAUCAUGAGAACAACAUCACGAGAACAACAUCAUGAGAACAACAUCACGAGAACAACAUCAUGAGAACAACAUCAUGAGAACAACAUCAUGAGAACAACAUCGUGAGAACAACAUCAUGAGAACAACAUCAUGAGAACAACAUCAUGAGAACAACAUCACGAGAACAACAUCACGAGAACAACAUCAUGAGAACAACAUCAUGAGAACAACAUCAUGAGAACAACAUCACGAGAACAACAUCACAAGAACAACAUCAUGAGAACAACAUCAUGAGAACAACAUCAUGAGAACAACAUCAUGAGAACAACAUCACAAGAACAACAUCAUGAGAACAACAUCACAAGAACAACAUCAUGAGAACAACAUCACAAGAAUAACAUCACAAGAACAACAUCACGAGAACAACAUCACAAGAACAACAUCAUGAGAACAACAUCACGUGAACAACAUCACAAGAACAACAUCAUGAGAACAACAUCACAAAAACUCAUACACCUCACACAUCCAGGUAAAGAAGAACUCAGGCAGGGAGGAAUGACAUCAUCAUACGAGGAUGUGCGGCGAACCAUUCAUUCACAAGGCCACAUGCUCCCAAACGAUGACAGUCAUUCUGCAUCAUGAGAACGAGAUGAGAACACCAUCAUAACAUUAAGAUCAUGAAAAUGAAAUCAUGAGGACAGUGUGUGCCCUCAUUGACUCAUUAACUCAUCCCCUCAUUACCUCAUCUUCAAAUGACCUCAUCCCUCUGGAAGUGAUGUUGUUGGAGCUGUGAUGACCUCCAGCUGGACACAGCUCUGCUUGAGGCCUCCUAACGCAUCUUUUAACGCAGCUGCUGAGCAGUAAAUAUUUGGAUUAUUUAUUGUCUGCAGAAGCUCUUCUCUGUCAGGUCAUAAAUAAAUGAGAGGUUAGACACUAUGAGGUCACAAAGACACAGUGAGGACGGUUAAGAAAAGAACCAGCUGUCAGCUCGUGACCCCUCAUGUCACCCGAUGGGGGCCCUUAUGCAGAUGCACUUGUUCAAAUCAGUCAUCCGGAGUCCUGAUGAAGCUCCGGCUCUGGUGAAGAUGGAGCUGCAGCUGGCUUCCACCCAGAGACAGAUGUGUUCUGACCUUUUCUGCACCUGCAAUCCACGUUUGUUUCUCCAUCUGAGGGGGCCCCUCAGAGCCCUCAGAGCCCUCAUUGCAUAACGGAACACGUCUCCCGUGGCAACAGCAGCCCCCCGACUGGUUUGUUUUGAUGGAGAAGAACCCCCGUCUCCGAAGUCCAGAGGCUGACAGAUAAGAUAUUCCUUUAUUCACAGGAUCGCAGCAGCAACGUGGACAACACAAGGAAAUCAGGUUGUAGCUGCAGAGACUUCUGGGAAAGGGAAUGAGUGGGGGGGCAUUAGCCCCCUCUUUAAGCUCCGUGCUCCUUAAAAAAGCUUCUGGUGUCGCGCUUCUGAUCUGCAGCUCACCUCCAGAAGGACGUUUAUCUAAUGUAGCACAGCACCGAUCUGACCCUCCCUGACAUUUAGUUCAUCCUUUUAUUCCACUGAUUAGAACACAGAAAAGUGAGCUAACAAGCUUUCUGACUGACAGUUGGCCUGUUUGCUGGCAGCACAAUGAGUCCGAAACACAGAAUGUUAUGAAUUGGGGCAAUAAAUCCAAACGAUGAUUCGGUUGAGUUUGUGUUCGGGCUGAUUGAUUCGUGCGGCCGAGCACAGACGCCAGAUCAUGUCCAAACCUGCUGGCUAUCCAAACAACUGCUGUGCAAUGAACCAAUCAGAGCCUCCGCAGGAGCAGGCUGACGUCGCCAAGCAGGUGAAAGGUGAACGCUGUAAUCCCCCCCCUUUACGGAAUCACAGACUUUCAAGCUCCUGCUGGCUGGGAUGUGACUCUGGUUUUGGGACCGCGACGGCGAAGCACCUGGACAAUCUCGGCUUUGAGGUGUUCGCCACAGUGUUGGACCUCUCAGGAGAGGGAGCUCGAGAACUAGAGAGGAGCUGCUCCCCCCGCCUCACCCUCCUCCAGGUGGACAUCACCCAGCAACAGCAGGUCCACCAGGCCCUACUGGACACCAAGGCCAAGCUGGGCCUCAAAGGUUUGUGGGGUUUGGUGAACAAUGCCGGUGUGUGUGUGAACUUUGGAGACAUUGAGCUCUCUCUGAUGUCCAACUUCCGUGGCUGCAUGGACGUCAACUUCUUCGGCACGCUGAGCGUCACCAAGAGCUUCCUGCCGCUACUGCGUCAGGCCAAAGGUCGCAUCAUCACCAUCUCCAGCCCGGCCGGUGACCAGCCGUUUCCCUGCCUAGCAGCAUACGGAGCGUCGAAGGCAGCUCUGAACCUCCUGGUCAACACGCUGAGACACGAGCUAGAGCCCUGGGGGGUCAAAGUGUGCACCAUCCUGCCCUCCUCCUUCAAGACCGGUCAGUCCAGUAACCGCGCCUACUGGGAGCAGCAGCACAAGCAGCUGCUGCGGACCCUGCCCCCGGCGCUGCUGGAGGAGUACGGCGAGGACUACCUGACGGAGACCAAGGAGCUGUUUCACCGCUACGCCAGCCAGGCCAACACCGACCUCAGCCCUGUGACCGACACCAUCGCCCGGGCGCUGCUGGCGCCGAGGCCGCGGGCGCGCUACUUCGCCGGGCCCGGCGUGGGCCUCAUGUACUUCAUCCACAGCUACUGCCCCCUCAGCCUCAGCAGCCGCUUCCUCCAGAAGCUCUUCCUGAAGAAGAGGCUAGCGCCGCGCGCCCUGAGGAACCCGCCGGGCUUUGACCCAGACCUCGGCCUAAACAACAACAACAACAACAACAACAAGGAGGAGGAGGAGGAGGUGGAGGACGAGAAGAAGCUGAAGUAGCUGGUCUGCAGCAGGACCAGAGCUGUCCUUCUGUACAUGAGCUGCUCAAGGGGUCAAGGGCUUUCAACUGGGAGGUCAAAGGUCAGCCAUCCCGUCAGCGAGAUCAGCUGACUUCACGUGCCUUCAUUACACAGAGAGAGGAACGAUAGCAGAUCUCUUCACAUCAGCAUUUGAUGAUGUCCUCGGUCCUCACAUGUGUCACAUGAUAUUUGGUCCAAUGAGCUUUAGAGAUGUCGUCAUUAUAAAUAUUUGGGACAUUUACCAAUACAUUUAGAUAACGACGUAUUUAAAGAACAUAUUUCAAAUAUUUACACUGAGUUUAUUGUCUGCAUAGAGGUGACAGGAACAAGAAUCCUUUCAAAACAAAAGUUUAUUUAAUUAGUUUUACUGUCACGACCAAAAUAUUUUCAAUAUUGUUUCAUCUAGAUUUUCGGACUUCUGAGCGUUACAAUAAAAGCACAAAUAACAGAUGUAGACAUUAAGUAUCUCCUGUUCUCCUUAUGAUUCAAUACUCAAAUUAAAGUUGUACUUUCAAGUUACAAAUCAAUACGCUCUAUUUAUUGUAGUUCAGUCGUAAACAGCGAUGUUAGAAAGUCAAUAUUUUUUAAUACGUUUGCACUUUUAUGAACCUUUUUAUUUUUUCUGUUUUUAUUCUGUCUACAUUACAUUUUUUAAUCAAACUAUUUAUGUCUCCUUUCAUUUUAAUCUCUCAAACUGUGAAUUUUGUAUUAAAUGAAUAUAAAAAUUUAAAAAACAACGCCACAACUAUGAUGUUAAUGGUUCACUUGGUUUGUCUUUGGAAAUAAAGUUGAGCUUUUCAGAUUUCGGAUGUUUGAGUGCAGAUUUUUCUCAUAAAUGAAAAUAAACGCGACAUUUUAAAAC